CACUUCUUCAAGGAGCUCAGGUUCAUCCGCUUCUCUCAUUCAGCAGUGAAAUCUUUCUUUUGAAUGAAGAAAAACCCAAUUUCGGUUUUUGCAACAAAAAUUUAAAAGCAAGAGAUGUUGGCUCAAGUCCUCUCUUUCUUGCAGAAAUAGACUUAAAUUUAGCAGGUAUCAUGAAAAUGUUGCCAAUUGCAUUUUUGGUUGUUCUUGUGAACCUCUGCUUCACAGCUGGCUCGUUUGUUCCGACAAACAUAGAGGGCUCUACUGAGCGCAACUUCUUUGCCGAAGCGCAUCAAGCGCCGGAAGUCGGUGCUGAAGGAGGCACGGGAAUUGACGAGGACGAACUUCAAGGUCUGACCACCGCACUGGACAUGAGACUGAAGCGAUACCUUCGUGGAUUCCUAGAAGCGACACCUCUUGUCAAUGUCAAUAAUGUUGUGGCGUCUGGAGGAGGUGACGCUUCCUCGACCAGCGCUCCUGCACCAGUUGCCGCUGAAGCGAGUCGUUUGUCAAAGAGACGGGUGAAGCGAGGGUAUUUGUCAGACAGGAGGAAAGCCUUGAAGAACAUCAAGCUCAACAAGAUGAUGCAAUACCAAAAGAAAUACAAGUCCCUGAAGAAAUCACAAGCCCUCAGCGCGUUCAAGCUCCAAGCCAAAAACGAGCUCGGUCGCUUCAGACCCUGAAAAGUCAUCCGAAAAUACCAAUUUUGACCUUCUUGAUCCUCACCAACAAUAUCAUCAUUUCUUCAGUUAUGUCAGAAUGAAAUAUAGAAACAAUAUUGCACUUUA